GAAAAUAAAAUGGAUCAACAGCAGCAAAUAUCAAAAAAAAAUCCAAUACCUACUAUUUCUAAUCCCAUGGUAACUGAAAUUACUGAAGCAAAUACUUGUAAAGGAGAAGACACUCUAGUCAAUUGUGACAGUGCAUCCUUAACAACUCAAUCGGGAAUGUCUUAUGCUAGUGCCUUCAGAAGCACUGGUGCUGUACCAAAAACAGUCCAGCCAAGACUCAAUAAAACCAAAGCCAAAGAAUCAUUUUGUACAGAACAGUUCCAAAGAAUAGUGGCCUAUCACAAUCAAGGGAGCAGGGUACUUGUUCUAAUGAGAGGAGUGCCUGGUAGUGGUAAAACCUACUUAGCUAAGAAGAUUGUAGCGGCAACUAUAGGUACUUCUUUAGUCGAUUACAAAACUCACAUUUGCAGUACUGAUGACUAUUUUAUGUCAAGGGGCGUUUAUAUCUAUGAAAGGCAGAGACUUUCUGAAGCUCAUGAUUGGAAUCAGCGUCGCGUUAGAAGUGCUUUACACCAAGGUUUGAGUCCAGUCAUCGUAGAUAACACAAAUGUUGAAACUUGGGAAAUGGAGCCGUACCUUAGGGAUGGAGUCAGUAAUGGUUAUUUAAUAGAAGUUAUGGAACCGAACACACCUUGGGCGAAAAAAUAUAACCAGCUAAUCACGAGGAACAGUCAUAAUGUGCCUCCGAAUACGAUACGGAAGAUGCUGAAUAACUUCCAAGAUGGGUUAACUGGUGAAUUUUUGAUUAAACAAUAUGGUUUGUCAUAUCCGGCUGAUAUGGUUCCACCAGUGAUGAGAACUGUACCUGCCUACUACCCUCCGCAUACUGAAGCUUUAGUACAUGAUUUAGAGACCACUGCAGCAAAUUUGCCUCAUUCACAAGCUAUUCGUCAAACGAAAUGUAUAGUAGACCCAUCACCAACUUUUCGUACCGAUCAAACAACAGUCCCAGAAAUUGUUUUUGUCAGACACAUUCAAGAUGCAGCGAAUUGUGUUGUAGCAGAUGAAACUAAUCAAGAAACAAUUAAUGAAGAAGAAGCAAAACAAAAAACAUAUUUAGAAAUUCAAAAACAACUCGAAGAAUUUGAAAAAGUAGAGCAAGAUUGGGAAAACGGAGAAGCUUGGGAUGAAACAAAAGAUACUUCGCGGAGUAGAGAAAGUGCAACACAGUUAAAUCCUAAACCUUCUAGAAUUUACCACGAUUCAGAAGGAUCUACACCAAGAGAUCAUUUGUUGGAAACGGCAGUUCGAAGCUGCGAGGACUGGCGACAAAUUUCUAUGUACAUGCCGCCGUGGAAUAACGACAGUUUGUCACCAGAAAGCCAAAUUCCAGACGUGGUUGUUGAAAGACAAUCGACUGGUACUUCGGUAGAAAUUGGAGACGGUGAUUUACAAAACACAUCAAAAAUUUUUAAAAUCAUCGCAGCUAUACCUAGAGAUAUUAAUUUAUUUUACAUUUCUCCAAAUAAAGAGAAAAUACCUGAUAAACGUACUCUUGAUAAGAGUACCAUGACUAAUGAUGACAUGAUGGAAAUGAACCAAAAUGAAGAAAAGCACUUCAAAGAUUUUAGGAAGCUAUUCAAAAAUAUACCUAAGGCUGCAUUGCGAGAUAUUUUCGAUAAAUGUUGUGGUGACGUUAAUUGGGCUGUUGAUAUAGUUUUAGGUGGAAUGGCCGACAAUCAAUUACAAAUAAUGAAUAACGACGCUACAGAGAUGUCUGAUGAUGAAGAACAAUGUUUGUCUUUCGUAGCUUCUUCCAAUGCACCAAACGUUGACGAUUCUGCAUUUGCGAUUAACAAUAUAGAACGAACAAAUUUAGAAGUACCACGAAAUUGUGUUAUUGUGCCGACAAAGAAAAUGAAAGUGACUCCUUCAGAGUCGUCAGCGGCAGCAGCAGCUGAGUUGAAGCGACAGAUAGAAAUGAAUGUUGUCAUAUCAGAUGAACAUUACUCCGAACAUUUACAGAAAAUUCGUAAAUUUAGACGUGGUGAGUUUCAACUCGAUAAUCAAGUGGAACGAAACAUUCCUCAUCAAACAAAUAUGCCUAGUGAAACCGCUUCAACUAUCGCAUUUGAUGCUCAAAAUAUUCACCAGAAUACCUCCAAAACUGAAGUUGCUUGUUAUAGAAGUGACGAUGAUGUGUCUAGCUGCAGUAGUGGUGACGAACUGGAAAAGACAGUAAACAUCAAUCUUGGAUCCGAAUUCAUUUUACAACUGGACAACCUAUUCGGUCGGACUGGGAUGACGUAUCCUGAAAGAGUAGAACCAAAGAUUAACAUACCCAUGUCUUUACUUAUAGAAAUUAAUGCUUUUUGGAUGGAAUCCUUAAUGCAUCAGUUAGACGAUCAUAAUGAACAAGACGCAAAAAUGAUACAAGAAGAUGAAGAAUUUGCGAGAUUAGUACUCCUGUUACAUGUUCGUAAACGUAUUCGUGUACAAAUAACAUUAAACUGUUUUAGGCAAUUUGCUAAGAAAGAAGCAGAGUUAGCUGAACUGGGAAAAGAACCGGAAGUACCGGAUUUUAAAGAGAUUAUGGACAUGGACUUUGCCCUUUCAUUAUAUCAUAAAGAUGUAGCAGAAUGGAAAAACAAAGAACCCAAUGACUUAGCAGCUAAAUUGUCUCGGGACAAGCUUUAUAAUUUAUUUCCUGAAAUGUCCCAGGAUAUAUUGUCUGAAUUGCUAAUGGCUCACGAUAAUAAUUUCAAAACUACCGUUGAGGUCCUGCUUAUGUCAACUGGAAAAGCAGAUAUUCUUGAAACCAAAAAUGGUCUGAACAAAUUCGUGAUGCAAAAAGAAAUGGAGCGCCAAGAGAAACUGCUAGAAGUAGAAAAGAAGUCUCUAUCGGAGGUAGAAUGGCCGUUUCUACCACGCGGAGAAAAAGUGGCUAUGGCUACAGUAGACGAAUAUCGUGAGCAAGCUUCAAGACAUUUGAGUAGUAGAAACCUAAAUUACCAAAAAGCACAGGGUUAUGUACGCCGCGGCAUGACUCAAGUUGCAAACUAUUUCAACGAUGUUGCCAACUAUCACAAACAGAAGUUCGAACACGCCAAUAGUAUGGCCGCAGCUACCCUCAUACAAGUUCAUGCCGAAAAUUGUCAAGAUAACGCUAAUAUAGAUUUGCACUAUUUCCGCGUGUCUGAGGCCAAGGAAUCCCUUGAUUUAUUCCUUGACUCCCAUAUCCAUAAACUCAGGGAAUCUAACAACAAAGGCCCCCGAUUUCACACCUUGUACAUUAUUACUGGACGAGGGCUGCAUAGCAGUGGAGGUCCUAGAGUGAAACCGGCUGUGAAAAAAAGACUUCGAGAACGAGGCCUUACAGUCAGCGAAAGGAACCCCGGUCUGUUGACUACUCGAGUUAGCGCUGAGGACAAGCUAUCUUUUCAAGUUCACGUUCCAUAGCGCCAAGCUUACACUUACUAUUUGAUUACGGCUAAUGCUAACAAUGAACCGUACAC